AUGGCAACGUCGAGUCUGUUUAAGCAAAGCACAAAGAUCGUCGGCGUCAGCACUAACUACGCCGCUUACGUCAAAGACAAGCCCGUCCCCAAGGAACCAGUGAUAUUCUUAAAGCCGACAUCGUCCUACUUGGAAAAUGGAGGAACAAUUGAGGUCCCACAUCCUCUGGAGGCACUUUUCCAUGAAGUGGAACUCGCUGUAGUUAUCGGACAGAAGGCUAGAGAUGUACCCGAAUCAGUAGCCAUGGAUUACGUUGGAGGAUAUGCGGUUGCUCUUGAUAUGUCCGCUCGGGAAAUCCAAGUUGCCGCCAAGGCAUCUGGUCUCCCGUGGGCGCUGGGUAAAGGACAAGAUACCUUCACUCCAAUCGGCUCUGUUCUGCCAAAUGAGAUGGUGCCUGAUCCCGAUAACCUAGAACUUUGGCUAAAGGUUGAUGGUGAAACAAGACAGAAGGGUUUGACAAACGAUAUGAUCUUCAAGGUCCCCUACCUCGUCAGCUACAUAAUCUCUAUCAUGACUCUUUUCGAAGGCGAUGUCAUCUUGACUGGUACACCAUUAGGUGUUGGACCUGUGAAGAUAGGUCAGAAGAUAACCGCCGGGAUCACCGGUCUAACUGAAGUUCAAUUUGAUGUCGCCAGGCGUGUAAAGCCCUUGACCUAA